GAAAAGAAACACUGAAAGGAGUGGAGAGAACAAUCCUUAAAGUUUCAGCAGGUCUGGGGAUGGUGGGGGGCUUGCCACGACUGGUAAGCUUGGCGAUUCCUGACGUAUGGCAUAGAAUAUUCAGAAAGUGUUAUCUCUGUAGGGAAGAAUUUAGUCCACGCUGAUCCCGACCAGCGAGGCUGAAAAACAAAUGGGAAAGAAUCAAACUGUCUCCAAGUAACUGCGUUCCAGAGCAUAGCUCAGGAAUAUUUAUAAGAAUAUAAAAAUACCCAGCGCACAAGUUCAUGACGUCUGCCUUCCAAUCAAGCCCCUGGCCAAAGGAAGGAAGCAGAACUUGAAAAAUGGAACCAUGCUCUGCCCUAGAAAUUCUGCAGGCACUAGUUGCUAGUUUCGAGUUAAUGCGAUUGUUAUUUUUGUUCGUAUACCCCUCAGUAUUGUUUUGACUUGCUACAGUAAGCACACAUGACUACUGAUAUUUCAAAACACUGGACAGAUCACUUAGAGAAAAUGAGAAUCAAAGGGAAAAGAGGUUCCUGCACUUCAGAAGUGAUUGAAAAAUCCCUCCCUUUCUGCUUCGCUUUCUAGAAGGUUCUCACUUUCUUUUCCACCAUUUCUUGCCUUUCCUCCCUUUUCCAUGUAAUUUAGGUGAGCAUGGGGUGCCGCUGUAUGUUUUUAAAACACCCACAGUUAGUUGAUACUUGAUUGUUAGCUCUCACUACAGCUAAUCUAAGGCCCCUUUCCUAGCCUGCUCCCCAACCUGGAUCAGUUGUCCACCCCACCCAAGUAAAGCCUCUGAGAGCCAGACUCUAUUUGCCAUGUCACUGGGUAAACAAAGAUGACACUUUGGCUGUACCUGUGUAAACUGCAUCCGUGCCCACCUCUGCUGCUCUCUAUAGAGAUCCUUCUGAUGCGGAGUGAAGGCUAACUACUACAGGUUGUGGAUGAAGUGAAUGAAAGUGGAAGGGAGUCCGCAGAGAGCAAAGAAAACAGUCGGAGCUCUGGAGAGGGAGAAGAGGCAGAGGGCUGGGCCACCAGAGAAAGGGACCACUCAGAGACGAGACCCAGCGGUGAGAGCAGAGCGCUCCAGCGCCGCGUGGACAGCGGGAAGUAGAGCCCAGAGGGCUCAGAGGCUGAGUGCCAAGCACUCAGACCCCAGAUCGCAAAGGUGCUCAGAGUCGCCGGGGCUUGGGACGAGCACAGUCCUAGCGCACAACGCACGCACCUCGGGGUCCUGCGCACGGCCCGCAGCGAUGAGCGAGAGCAGCCGCCUGUGCUCAGGCUACUACAGCCUCAACCGCAGCUUCGUGGAGCCCUUCCAGUGCCCGCGGCGCGGCGAUGGGGCCGCGCUGCUCUACUGCUGCGGCUUCGCAGACCUCAAGUACUGCUGCAGCGAGCCGGGCAGCUACUUCCCCUACAAGCACAGCUACAUGUGGAGCCUCAGCAUUGGUGCUCUGAUUGGAUUGGGAAUUGCUGCCCUUGUCUUACUUGCCUUUGUCAUCAGUGUCUGUGUCCUUUGCUACUUAUUUCUGUACACAAAACCUCAAAGAUUAGACAAUGGCCUUAAACUUCAGCACCUAGAGGCAUCUUCUACCCUAGAAGGCAAUGUAAAUAGAAAAGCCAAAGGCCUCAUUUCAAAUGCAGCAUCAAAUUCGACAAAUGAGACCUACGAAGCCGACGAUGUGACUCAAGAAAGAACAAUGGACACAACACAAAUCAAUAUUGCCUGUUAGCUAAAUCCCUGUUUUGAAAGCUUACCCAAGAGAGGGAGCAUUAAGAAUAAAGAAUGCAAAAAAUUAAAUAAAAUUAAAGAUGCA